AAAAUUCGUCACAGGUCUCCUGGUCCAGGCCGCCGCCGGUUCAAUCUCUCCUCUGACUUCUCCGGCUGUCCUCGACUGCGAACCCGAUCUCGAUUCGAUCCCCAAGCCAUCCCAUGGCGGCUGCCCUCUCCUCGCGGCGUGCCCUGCACAGCCUCCACCGCCGCCUCCUCUUCCACCCCUCCCCCUCACCCGCCGCCGCACGCCGCGCGCUACCCACUUCCACUCGCAGCCCCAUCCCCGCACACUCCCCCACCUUCUCCUUCUCCUUCUACUCCUCCUCCCGCUUCUUCACCACCGCGCGCCCCGAUGCGAGGCUGCGGCACGGGAUGCUGCCGCAGCGGCUGAUAGGCGGGGUCAGGUCGGUGGCGAACGGUGGGUCGAAACUGGGACCGCUGGGUCAGGGGGUCAAGGGGCUGGGGCGGCCCAUGGAGGCGGCGAGGAGCGCGGCCGCGCGGUACCGCGCGGCCGUCGGCCUGCAGGUCGAGGCCUUCUGGCGGCGCAACUCCAUGAUCCUCGUCGGUGCGGGGGGAGUCAUCGUCUGUUUCUUGCUCUGGAGGAUCAUGUUCGGCAUCGCCAGCACCUUCGUCGGCCUCUCCGAGGGUAUGGCCAAGUACGGCUUCCUCGCCCUUGCCACCGCCAUUGUCGCCUUUGCCGGUAUGUAUGCCCGGGCAAGGUUAACCAUAAACCCUGACAAGGUUUACCGGCUGGCUAUGACAAAACUCAAUACAUCUGCUGCCAUCCUUGAAGUUAUGGGUGCGCCCCUAACUGGUACUGAUGUCAGAGCAUAUGUUAUGUCUGGAGGAGGCCCGAAACUGAAGGACUUCAAAUUUAAGCUUGGCAGUAAACGGUGCUUCCUCAUUUUCCCCAUCAAAGGAUCAGAAAGAAGGGGCCUCGUAAGUGUUGAGGCCAAGAAGAAAAAUGGACAGUAUGACAUGAAGCUACUAGCUGUUGACAUACCAAUGGCAUCAGGUCCUGACCAGCGGCUGUUCCUCGUGGGUGAUGAACAAGAGUACAAGGUCGGCGGGGGCUUGAUAUCUGAGCUACGAGACCCGAUCGUAAAAGCUAUGGCCGCGGAGAAGGAGUUUGACUAUCUUGACGAGAGAGAGGAUGAGGAGGACGAGCGGAGGGAGCGUGAGGAGGCGGAGCAAGAGGAGGCGGAAGCAUUGAGGCGCGAGGAGGAAAGGCUGCGCCAGGCGGGUGAAGAGCGUAGGCGGCGGGAGGAGGCUGAGAGCCUGGAGAAAGCUACGUGACAUGACUUACUGUACUGACUUUCCACCUUGCCUCGUGCAUUGUCUCCUACCUCUGUCCCUCCCGGAGUGUAGCGAUCAGCGGUUUCCACAGCAGGAGAUUGCUUCCGAGUUCAUUUGGAGUUCCUGGUGGUCAAUUCGGCGUCACCAGUCUCAAAGUUGUUGAGAAGGAAGGAAUAAUUUUGACCGUUACGCGACAGGUCACUUCGGCGAAGCAAUGUAAUUUAUAGUGGUUGAUCAGU